UAUCAAUCACAUCCGACGCUGGUUAGGUUCUCUGACAGCGUGACGGGCCUUCGGGAUUUUUUUUUGCAUUAAUUCCCGGACAUAUUUGCCAGGGAAUGACGGUAAUGGCGAGGGUAUCUACCUCGUUAAGUGGCUCGUGGGACUAUUCGCUUGCCAUUUCGACUGCCAAUAACGGCGAGGUGAGACCAAUUGAAUUGUUAUCGGCGCAGAUUAUCGCGGAGAGUUCGAAGAGGAACUUUUGCCGAAUUUUUCUUGUCAUAGUCCUCAUCCGUUUUUUUUCCUUUUUUUUUUUCUUUCUUUAAUUCGACCUCGAACGCUCGAGGAUCCUGAUCCGCGAGGUCGAUUGCGCGGGCGAAAUUCGCAAAGAUUCUUCGACACGAGGCGAGAACCGUGUAGUCCUUUUUCAUUUACAUAAUGGCAUGCAUACUCCAGCGGUCGGGAGACAAAACAUCAUAACUCAUAGCGGUGGAGACGUUUCUACUAUUGGAGCGAAGGUUGACGACCGAAAUAACUCCUGAAAGAAAGAAAAUGAAAAUAUCGGCCAAAGUUUCGGACUUGCUCUAAAAGUGACUUUUCUUUCGUUCCUUUACUUUAUUAAACGCGAUGCGUAGAACAGUGUGAGUACGUUACAGUACGUCAAUUAAUAUUGGAAAAAAAAACCAGACAAAAUCGUCAGGGAAUUAAAAUCGGGAAAUUAAAAAAAAAAAAGAAUUUUAAUCGCGCUUGAAAGUACAGCUUAGAAUGAUAAUUUCGGACGCAUUACAUAGAUUAACGUUGAGGUUUCACGGAGUUAUCGCACGGUGCACAAAGAUUAUAUUUAUAUGUUCGCAUAAUCGUUACGAUAACCGGUAAGGCGUUACAUCGUUAUCGUACGUUGUACAGAGAUAAGCCAGAAUAAUUCUAAAUCGUAGCCACGACUUGUAAGGACAUUCUUCAGGCGUUUUAACAUUUCAAUGCCGAGUACGCGAAAUUCGCGCGAUAACGGACACGUAUAUAUUAUUGCGAACGAUUAAAUGUAUCAUCUCUUAUUUAUCUCUCGAAUGAGGAGAUCGCGGCAAGUGAUGCUGCCCAAUCGAGUAUUCGACUCGAUUUCAGGAUCUAAGGGUUAUCUUUUGGAAAACAAUGCGAUAGGCAUCGGGAGCUUAAAAUCUGAGUCCCCGCUUUUUUUGUUCUUUUCUUAUUUUUUUCUUUCUUAUAUCCGGUGCGAAUUUAAACGGGAAUGGUGGUUUCGAUUCCAGCUGGGAACUUACGGAGAUACCGAUCGACGGCAUGAAGGUUUUACGUAAUUGAACUAGUAAACAUAGAGAAUUAGCGGAGAAAACGGCAGCUUUAUGAGACACCACUCCGCGCGGCUUAGCCCAGUAGUUUCGCAGAGGCCAGCAACGAGAAGUCCGCUUGUCGGUAAGGGAACCCCAAUUAAAUUUUCAUUAACUCGUCCAUAAGCAGCCUUGGAUCUCUGCAGUACAGGAAAAGAAACAAAAGAAAAGUGAAUUUGCGCCGCUUUUUAACGCGAUAAGUGCGGACGGGUCACCGACUUGCUAGAUGGUACGCACAGGCUGAUAUGGAAAUUCGACCGAUCUGUUCCAGACAAGUUUAGUGCGUUAAUAAGUAUUACGUCGAAACCUAAGUGCGACUUUUAACUAUUCAAUACAUGGAGUCACACGAUUGCCUCGACCCAGUGGUAAUAAAAAUAUAGAUCUCGGUCUCUAGCGUGGAUCAUUCUAACGGAUGCGUUUCACACGGUACAUCCGUAUGUAGAUAUUCAAGGUAUGCGUCGUACCUGAAUAUAAUUAAUGUAUUGAGAGAAAAAGUUGUUUAUCCUGAAAGUAUAGGUCGUGGAUCAACCUACAUAACUACGUUGCAACGACUCGUAGAAACGACAUAACCGGGGUCGUUGCAAGGUAAUAAACGCGUUUGUUAAAGAGAGUGAAAUCGAGGCCUGGAUAAAGGCGCACCGUGGACAGGUGGGAAACGAGGCGAACAAAUUAAACACGGUCCUUUAAUACCCGGGCGGAAGAUUGGACACACGGGACACAAUCCAACGGGAAACAAAGCCGAGGAUACGUGCCCGAAAUUCCAAGUUAGUUUCGGGCCCGCUAAAUUUAGAGGGAAAAUUCACCGCUCUACAUUAUGCGAACAUGAAACCGAGAUAUAUUCCACCGUGGUGUCGGGGGUUCUGCAAAAUCGGCGGUGGGUCUCGAUGAUCGCGUUAACAAUGGAUGUUUAUUGUCACGCGUCGACCCGUUUGACGGUCGGAAGCGUUAGUGCCACCUUUUUUGUCUCCUUAGCGGGACUAAUUGGCCUCCGGGAUUUUUUUUUUUUCUCUCUUUUUCUCCGCACUUCCCGUGCAUGAAUCAUUACCUCCCAACUGCCGUUCUGCAACUUAGUGCACGUGGAAUAGAAGGCAGGAAUUCACGAUUCAAUACGUGCACCUGAUAUAAAUCGCGUAGCUGGGGAGACCUUCCGACCUCUUCAGAAAAAACUUGCACGCGGAGGAAUUACGGCCGACGGGCAAGAGGUCGAUAAGUUUCCGAAUUAAUUGUCCUCGCUUAACGCUGCGGCGCCCUUAAGGUGAUAUGAAAGUGUCAUACGUACGUACCAGAAAGACGGAAUAUUAAUAAAACUUUUCUCCAAAUGCAGCGAGAUUAUGAAAGCCCUAAGGAAGAACAUGAAAUUUCAUUUUUCGAAAAAAAACGUAUAUCUCGGCCAAGAACCAAACAAAAACAUUUUUUUUUUUAAACAUGAAAUUUCAUAAGCAUCGCAUUCUUCCUUCGGGCCUGUAUAAUCACGUGUUAAAGUUUCGAAUUAAUCGGUGCACCUAGUUUGGAAAAACUCGUUAUAAAUGUUUUGACGUAUUAUAUAUAUAUAGAAUUACUCUUUCAUAUCGCGCAACAAUUGGUACCGAUCUUUCGAUAAGACCUUGCCUUGCGGAUUUUCCUAUUUUCCCCCCUGGGAGCAGAUACGAAUCAUACAAUCGUAAAACACUUGUUCACAACGCCCCUUGUUUUGUUCGCGUUACGCAUUACUGGCAAUCCUGGAACAUGAAUUUGCAAUGUCUAUUUACACCACAUUGCAUCAACGGUGACAACGACGCGCUGAUAGGUAAACACGGUAAAUAAACGGCUUUUAAACAAUGUCUGGGAAAGUACAAGAUGUAAUACAAAGUCGGACAUUUUAGAAAUUGAGGAAAAACAAUGAGGAUAUAGUUGAUCGAAAGUGGAGGUUUUUAGUGACGCGGUUAAAGGAAGUAGGAGUAUUGCGCGUGGGUUAGUAAAAAAUAAGUGCGUCAGCAAAGAUUCACGUUAAUGAGAGAGAAAGUGGCCUCGAGUACAGAUAUUACACGACUUCCGAUGCGUAACUUUCACUUCCAGGAAGUGUCGGACCCGUUGAAAACUGUCAGGAACGAUUUCAUUGUUUGGAGCAGUAGGCGACCCUCCAUAGGUAAAUCGUAGGUACAUAUCAUUUGUUUACGCAUUCGGCUAGGGCAUAUCAAAGGGGACUUUUAGAGAUGACAUUGGACUCCAAUUCAUUUAUCUGAUACAGGUUUGACGGCAGUUAUCGCGGAAGUAACUGAGGCAGCGGUUAACUAACCACGUGGCUCGUAAAUAUUUCUCUGGCCACGUUCGCUCGUAUACGUGAUAUCUGAAUAAAAAACGCGUAAUUCAGAUCUGCCGGAUCUGGUUAGCGAGUUUGAUUACCGAUUAACGAUACAAGAGGGAUAUCUGGAUCGUAUGCCAUUGUCGGACGUGCACUCGAGUUCGAGGUACCGGAUGCAAUGUCCGUGCAUUAGGUGCAUAGAAUUUUCUUUCGGUUAACUUAGUACAUCGGAUUCACGGUUUCGAUGUGAGAUAUAUUUCCGCACAUUAGGUCGGUCUUAGAAACGGAGAUGUGUUAUUCAGGACGGGAAGAAAGCGGAGGAUCCUUCUGGUUCGGAGUCGUAAGGUGCCAUUAGGAUGAAGAAUACACGGCUUGGCUCGUUCUCCAUUUAAUGAGUCGGGAAAAUCUUAAUGUCAUCCUCGGCCGACAAAGGAUUUAUUGCUAGGUGGAAGCAACGUUCAAACGGGUCCUAAAGACCAUUUACGAGCUUUUAAUCCAACAUUUCGCCUUAUCUUCGGUAACGUAUGCAGACAUCGUCUAGUUAUCCACAUCCAUUCCUGCCGAAUGAUUAACUAUUAACAAGUGAUGAUAACAGAUAACAGAGAGGCCUGCGACGUCCCAAGAUGUUAAAACACGCACUCGGGUAUGCGAUGAGACCAGGACCAAACUUAUUUUCAAUUACAAUUAUUCUCUUUCUUGUAAAGGACUCGCUAUCAAGGUCGGUGGAAAGCGCCGAUUACGAUUUUGAAGAAGCUCACGUUGGACUUAUAAUCUCACCAGUAGUAUCUUCUAAUGAAGUCCGCCAGAUCGAGGUUUAUUGGCGCAAUCCGAAUUUUCGUUCGGGCGAUGUAAUUGCCCUUUUUGCUAGUGAUCCUUCGGAAAAUGUGCAACCCCUCUGGACGUAUACUCCGAAGACUCGAAACGGCAUUCAAAAGACCAGGAUUGAGGCGGAUUUCAUGCCCACGGAAAAUCUGACUUUCCAGCAACAGUGCUUAACGCAUUACGUGGCCUGGUUGCGAAAUGGGAUUAUUAAAAAAACAAAUUGUUUGAAGACUCGUCCAAAUUGGAUGCACGAUAGGAGACACUUUUUGGGACCUCUAAGGAUAAGAGAUGUUUUUUUGCCUGGAACUCAUGAUUCCGUAGCUUAUUCAAAAAUACCUGGGUCAAUAUAUGACACUUUAGUCACCAAGUAUGUUAUUACGCAGGAUGAGGACAUUCUCUCUCAGCUUAUCUAUGGUGUGAGGUACCUCGACAUCAGGGUAGGCCAUUAUCCGAACACCGAAGAGCUUUGGUGGGGCAAUCAUGGAUUUGUUCAGAUUCGCCCACUGCAAACAGUCAUAAAUGAUGUUAAAACAUUUCUCGCAAAUACACAAGAAAUCGUGAUAUUUGACAUUCACGAAUUCCCUAUAGGCUUUGGAAAAAAUCUAUCCAUUCAUCAUAAACUUGUUAAUUACCUGGAAAAAGAAUUGGAUGAAUACAUUAUACCCAAAAGUUACGGAUGGUCCAGUAAUUUAGACAAAAUUUGGUCUUCUGGAAGGAAACUUAUAAUUGGUUACGAUUUGCAAGCCAUAGUCGCAACAAGAAAUAGUGUCUGGACCUGUGUAACGCAUCAGUGGGGUAACGUUAGAACGGUUGGAGAUUUAUAUGCACACCUUAACAAAAUCGAAGCUCGUGCUCUAAGAUUUAUAAAUACUGUACCCAGAUCGGCAAUGGCUGAACUGACGCCGAACACUUGGGAUGUAAUAUUAGAUCGCUUGGGAGGUUUACGAAAAAUGGCAGAAGAAAUCAACAUUAAUAUUACAACCUGGUAUAGUACUCAGUGGCAACAUUCAGCUAACAUUGUUGCGGUAGAUUUUAUUAAAGGUUCUGGAAUCAUAGAAACUGCUAUAGAGUGGAACGAGAAAAGGUAUCAAUUUGCUGGGAACAGUACUAUUUCUCCUGUACGUAUUUAGGUAGUUACAUAAGAGAUAUAGGUUAAUCUAUGAUACACGAAAGAAUAUUCUUUGUGAUAAUAUUUGUACUUAUAAAAAAUAUAUUUUUUAUAAAAGCCUA